GUUGGGGCAGCGGUGGGGCGGGAGGGCCUGGACAUGGCGCUGAGGGGCCGCCCCGCGGGAAGAUGAAUAAGGGCUGGCUGGAGCUGGAGAGCGACCCGGGCCUCUUCACCUUGCUGGUGGAAGAUUUCGGUGUCAAAGGGGUGCAAGUGGAGGAGAUCUACGACCUUCAGAGCAAAUGCCAGGGCCCUGUAUAUGGAUUUAUCUUCCUGUUCAAAUGGAUCGAAGAGCGCCGGUCCCGGCGAAAGGUCUCUACCUUGGUGGAUGAUACGUCCGUGAUUGAUGAUGAUAUUGUGAAUAACAUGUUCUUUGCCCACCAGCUGAUACCCAACUCUUGUGCUACUCAUGCCUUGCUGAGCGUGCUCCUGAACUGCAGCAACGUGGACCUGGGACCCACCCUGAGUCGCAUGAAGGACUUCACUAAGGGCUUCAGCCCUGAGAGCAAAGGAUAUGCGAUUGGCAAUGCCCCGGAGUUGGCCAAGGCACAUAAUAGCCAUGCCAGGCCCGAGCCACGCCACCUCCCUGAGAAGCAGAAUGGCCUUAGUGCAGUGCGGACCAUGGAGGCGUUCCACUUUGUCAGCUAUGUGCCUAUCACAGGCCGGCUCUUUGAGCUGGAUGGGCUGAAGGUCUACCCCAUUGACCAUGGGCCCUGGGGGGAGGAUGAGGAGUGGACAGACAAGGCCCGGCGGGUCAUCAUGGAGCGUAUUGGCCUCGCCACUGCAGGGGAGCCCUACCACGACAUCCGCUUCAACCUGAUGGCAGUGGUGCCCGAUCGCAGGAUCAAGUAUGAGGCCAGGUUGCAUGUGCUGAAGGUGAACCGUCAGACAGUACUAGAGGCUUUGCAGCAGCUGAUAAGAGUAACACAGCCGGAGCUGAUUCAGACCCACAAGUCUCAAGAGUCACAGCUGCCUGAGGAGUCCAAGUCAGCCAGCAACAAGUCCCCGCUGGUGCUGGAAGCAAACAGGGCCCCUGCAGCCACUGAGGGCACCCACACAGAUGGUGCAGAGGAGGCGGCUGGUUCAUGCGCACAAGCCCCAUCCCAUAGCCCUCCCAGCAAACCCAAGCUGGUGGUGAAGCCUCCAGGCAGUAGCCUCAACGGUGUUCCCCCCAACCCCACUCCCAUUGUCCAGCGGCUGCCAGCCUUUCUAGACAAUCACAACUAUGCCAAGUCCCCCAUGCAGGAGGAAGAAGACCUGGCGGCCGGUGUGGGCCGCAGCCGAGUUCCAGUCCGCCCACCCCAGCAGUACUCAGAUGAUGAGGAUGACUAUGAGGAUGACGAGGAGGAUGACGUGCAGAAUACCAACUCUGCCAUUAGGUAUAAGCGGAAGGGAACAGGGAAGCCAGGGGCAUUGAGCGGUUCUGCUGAUGGGCAGCUGUCAGUGCUGCAGCCCAACACCAUCAACGUCUUGGCUGAGAAGCUCAAAGAGUCCCAGAAGGACCUGUCAAUUCCUCUGUCCAUCAAGACUGGCAGCGGGGCUGGGAGUCCAGCUGUGGCAGUGCCCACACACUCGCAGCCCUCGCCCACCCCCAGCAAUGAGAGUACGGACACGGCCUCUGAGAUUGGCAGUGCUUUCAACUCGCCACUGCGCUCGCCCAUCCGCUCGGCCAACCCGACGCGGCCCUCCAGCCCUGUCACCUCCCACAUCUCCAAGGUGCUUUUUGGAGAGGAUGACAGCCUGCUGCGUGUUGACUGCAUACGCUACAACCGUGCUGUCCGCGAUCUGGGUCCUGUCAUCAGCACAGGCCUGCUGCACCUGGCUGAGGAUGGGGUGCUGAGUCCCCUGGCGCUGACAGAGGGUGGGAAGGGUUCCUCGCCCUCCAUCAGACCAAUCCAAGGCAGCCAGGGGUCCAGCAGCCCAGUGGAGAAGGAGGUCGUGGAAGCCACGGACAGCAGAGAGAAGACAGGGCUGGUGAGGCCUGGCGAGCCCUUGAGUGGGGAGAAGUACUCACCCAAGCUGCCUAUUGCUCGUGGGGCUUUAUUGCUGGCCAGCCCCCAUCAGAGGUGCAAUGCUGGGUUUUGGCAGGAGCUGCUGGCACUGCUAAAGUGUGUGGAGGCUGAGAUUGCAAACUAUGAGGCGUGCCUCAAGGAAGAGGUAGAGAAGAGGAAGAAGUUCAAGAUUGAUGACCAGAGAAGGACCCACAACUACGAUGAGUUCAUCUGCACCUUUAUCUCCAUGCUGGCUCAGGAAGGCAUGCUGGCCAACCUAGUGGAGCAGAACAUCUCCGUGCGGCGGCGCCAAGGGGUCAGCAUCGGCCGGCUCCACAAGCAGCGGAAGCCUGACCGGCGGAAACGCUCUCGCCCCUAUAAGGCCAAGCGCCAGUGAGGACUGCUGGCCCCGACUCUGCAGCCCACUCUUGCCGUGUGGCCCUCACCAGGGUCCUUCCCUGCCCCACUUCCCCUUUUCCAAGUAUUACUGAAUAGUCCCAGCCAGAGUGUCCAGGCCCUGGGAAUGGGAGGAACCAGGCCACAUUCCUUCCAUCGUGCCCUGAGGCCUGCCACAGGGCAGAUCAGCCCCAUAGUGCUCAGGAGGCAGCAUCUGGAGUUGGGGCACAGCCAGGUACUGCAGCUUCCUCCACAGCCGGCUGUGGAGCAGCAGGACCUGGCCCUUCUGCCUGGGCAGCAGAAUAUAUAUUUUACCUAUCAGAGAUAGUCUAUUUUUCUGGGCUCCAACCCAGCAUGCCACCAUGUUGACAUAGGUUCCUACCUGACUAUGCUUUCUCUCCUAGGAGCUGUCCUGGUGGGCCCAGGUCCUUAUAUCAUGCCAGGGUCGCAACUACAGGGUCCCAGCUGGGGGCCUGGGUGGGCCUUGGGCCCUGCUGCUCUAGCCUCAGCCACCAGCCUGUCCCUGUCGUAAGGAAGCCAGGCCUUCUCUCUUCGUUCCUCUUAGGAGAGUGCCAAACUCAGGGACCCAGCACUGGGCUGGGUUGGGAGUAGGGUGUCCCAGUGGGGUUGGGGUGAGCAGGCUGCUGGGAUCCUAUGGCCUGAGCAGAGCAUGUGGGAACUGUUCCGUGGCCUGUGAACUGUCUUCCUUGUUCUAGCCAGGCUGUUCAAGACUGCUCUCCACAGCAAGGUUCUGGGGCUCUUCACCUUCAGUGUUGUGGCCCUAGAUAUGGGCCUAAAUUGGGCUCUAGGUCUCUGUCCCUGGAGCUUGGGGCUCAGAGGAGCCUCUGUCCAGCCCCUCAGUAUUACCAUGUCUCCCUCUCAGGGGUAGCAGAGACAGGGUUGCUUAUAGGAAGCUGGCACCCUCAGCUCUCCCUGCUACUCCAGCUUCCUCAGCUUCUGCAAGGCACUCAGGGUGGGGACAGCAGGAUCAAGACAACCAGUUGGAGCCCCUGUGUUCCAGAGGGCCUGAUGCCAAGGGGUAAUGGGCCCAGCAGUGCCUCUGGAGUCCAGGCCCCAACACAGCCCCACGGCCUCUGCCAGAUGGUUUUGAAAAAGGUGAUCCAAGCAGGCCCCUUUAUCUGUACAUAGUGACUGAGUGGGGGGUGCCGGCAAGUGUGGCAGCUGCCUCUGGGCUGAGCACAGCCUGACCCCUCUAGCCCCUGUAAAUACUGGAUCAAUGAAUAAAACUCUCCUAAGAAUCUCCUGAGAAA